UUUUUUUUUCUUUCCCCUCACGAAAUCUAUGUGUGUCCCGCACGCGCGUGUCCCUCUCAAGCGAUCCAUCGCAUCGCAUCGCGUCGAUCGAGAUUGCUACGACGAAAACAAAAAGAAAAGGAAAGGAAAGGAAAGUUCAACGAAAAGGGAUAGAUGGCGAGAGAUGUAUAUGUGUGUGUGUGCGCCUCCUUUUCUUUCCACGAAGGCCACCACCACUCUCGCUGUCCUCAGACGUUGUGUUGUUGUCGCUGUUGUCAUUUUUACCACUUAUUACUCUUUGUAAUGGACACGAAUUGGAAAAGAAACGAAUCCACCCCACAUUUCAC